AUUUGAGAACAACACUCAUUUUCAGUUUGGCGAUUGAAUUAAGGUUUUGUAAAAAUCUUAGCCUUAAGAUUAAUUAUUUUGAAGAAUUCUUAGAAGUUGAUAAACAUGACAAGAAUAUUAUUCCUUGUCAUUUGUCUCGUAAUUCAAUCUUUCAGCACUUCAAAUUCAGUCGAACUUGAAUGUGCAUAUGAAAAAGUAAACUAUGAGGAAUCAAUCUUUUACCGUUGUGAAAAUAAGAAUACUUUAAAUUUGAUAUCAAGGAAGCGUACGUUAAUCGAUAAACUUACAGGAACACAUGAAGAUGAUAUGACUGAUGACAAUGUUGUUGAUUUUUAUUCUGAUACUAAAAAUAUCCAGUACUUUCCUCAGGGAUUAAGUAAAAUAUUCAACAAUCUCAAGAGAAUCAUAAUUAACUCAAAUGGAAUAAGAGAUCUUAGUCAAUCAGACUUAAAAGAUUACCCAAAAUUAGAAGUUCUUAUAUUGGACAAUAAUUUAAUUGAAGUCUUACAUGAUGACUUAUUUAAAUACAAUCCUGAUCUGACUUGGAUAUCGAUGGAAAGUAACUUCAUUACCCAAAUUUAUCCAAGAGUUUUUGAUGGUUUAAAUAAAUUGGACAAUUUGGAACUUACAUCUAACUACUGUAUAAACAUGAAAGCUAGCAAUGACUCAACAGCUAUUCAAAAUAUCAUUAAGGUAGCAAAAGUAGAAUGUUCCAAUGCUGAAUUCUUAGAAAUCGAAGAAGAAAUAAAGAAGCUUGAAGAUAACGUUCAUAACCUCAAUGACAAUAAUGUCUUGGAAUUUAAUGUUAAAUGUCAAAAAUUGUAUUUGAAAUUGGAUAAUUUUGCGAUUGCCGAUUCUGUUUAUUUAAACACUAGAUUGGGAAAAGUUCAAACUGUUGUUGAUGUUUUCAUAAGUAAAUUCUAUAAAGACAUGUUCCAUAAAAUUGCUGAUCUUGAAAAGAAAAUUGUCACUUAAAUGAAUCUUGUCAACGAAAUUCUAAAAAUAUUUGAAUAAAGUUUAAUUGUUUUGAAUCCAAGAACACUCCUUUUGAGAUGCAACUUCACGUACCGAACACAGAGCUAUUAGAUUCAAAAUCCAAAACGGAUUCAUCAGAACUCCUCGUUUCUAAAAACUCAGUUAAG